AUCCUGCGCAGAGCGGGCUGGUCAGGGCCCCACGGGAGCUCUGGAGGACAGCCUGGGUCCCAAAGCAGGUGGAGGCUGGUCCUGCAGCCACAAGACCCGGCGCCCAAGGCCAGGCCUCCCUCCACUCUUCCAGAGAGGGCAGUGCUAGGGAAAGCAAACACAAGGGGGCCGGGGACCCUGCCCUGGGUUCCUAGAAGAGGAUGGGGGGAGGAAGGGUGACCAGACACCAGCUGACCCUGAGGUCCCAGAAGCCGAGGCUGGGCAGGGCCCCAGGGAGGCCUGAUGAGGACCCCACCCAGGCUGUUAGGAAAUGGGCAAGGGGAAGGAGGGGGGUGGUCAGCGUGCCAGGCCCAUCUCCCACUUAACUCCCACGUGGCCGUCCGCUGAGUGGGAGGUCCCCACAGCUGCCUGAGGGGCCCCUGCCCAGGGGCAGAGGGCCAGCCAAACCUGAAGGUGGCUUUGGUGUGAAGGCAACCCCCCCAGCCUCUCCCCUAUGCCAUCCGUGUCCUGGGCAUUUGGGGCUGACGCUGGGUGCCGGGCUCGAGAGGGUUAAUGGCAUUGGGCCAGCAGGGCUGGGCUGGGCUGGCCACAGGGCGCUGGCGGCCCCGGCAGUGGGGAAAUCAGAGGACAGGAGCAGCCGGCCCCAGCAGACGCACCAGCCUGUGGCCCGCCUGUGGUCUGUUCUGCACGCGGGAUGGCCCUGACUGGAGGAGGCCCGGUCCUGGCCGUGCUGCUGGUCUCGUGGGCGGCGCUGGGCCCCUGCAGCCCCGAGGGAGCGGAGAACGGGGCGCUGGGGGCCGCCGAGAGCCCGCAGUGCCCGGCCGUGUGCACCUGCGGCCACGAUGACUACACGGACCAGCUCAGCGUCUUCUGCAGCUCCCGUAACCUCACGCGGCUGCCGGACGGCAUCCCCCAUGGCGCCAGGGCCCUCUGGCUGGACGGCAACAACCUGUCCUCCAUCCCCGCGGCCGCCUUCCGGAACCUCUCCAGCCUGGCCUUCCUCAACCUGCAGGGCAGCGGGCUGGCGAGCCUGGAGCCGGAGGCGCUGCUCGGCCUACAGCGGCUGCGGCACCUGCACCUGGAGCGGAACCAGCUGCGCGGCCUGGCGGCCCGCACCUUCCUGCACACGCCGGGCCUGGCCUCGCUCGGCCUCGGCAACAACCUGCUCGGCCGGCUGGACGAGGGCCUCUUCCAGGGCCUGGCCGGCCUCUGGGACCUCAACCUCGGCCGGAACAGCCUGGCCGUGCUGCCCGACGCCGCCUUCCACGGCCUGGCCGGCCUGCGCGAGCUGGUGCUGGCGGGCAACAGGCUGACCUACCUGCAGCCCCCGCUCUUCCGCGGCCUAGCCGAGCUGCGCGAGCUGGACCUGAGCAGGAACGCCCUCCGCAGCGUCAAGGCCGACGUCUUUGUCAAGCUGCCCCGGCUGCAGAAGCUCUACCUGGAGCGCAACCUCAUCGCCGCCGUGGCCCCCGGCGCCUUCCUGGGCAUGAAGGCGCUGCGCUGGCUGGACCUGUCGCACAACCGCGUCAGCGGCCUCCUGGAGGACACCUUCCCCGGCCUGCUGGGCCUGCACGUCCUGCGCCUGUCGCACAACGCGCUGGCCGGCCUGCGGCCGCGCGUCUUCAAGGACCUGCACUUCCUGGAGGAGCUGCAGCUCGGCCACAACCGCCUGCGGCAGCUGCCGGACAGGGCCUUCGAGGGCCUGGGCCAGCUCGAGGUGCUGACGCUCAAUGACAACCAGAUCCGCGAGAUCGAGGCGGGCGCCUUCGCGGGCCUCCGCAGCCUGGCGGUCAUGAACCUGUCCGGGAACUGCCUGCGGACGCUGCCGCCGCAGCUCUUCCUCGGCCUGGACCGGCUGCACAGUCUGCACCUGGAGCGCGGCUGCCUGGGCCGCCUGCGGCCGCACGCCUUCGCCGGCCUCUCGGGGCUGCGCCGCCUCUUCCUCAAGCACAACGGCAUCGCGGCCGUGGACGAGCAGGGCCUGGGCGGGCUCGCGGAGCUGCAGGAGCUGGACCUCACGGCCAACCGGCUCACGCACCUGCCGGGCCAGGCGCUCCAGGGCCUCGGCAAGCUGGAGUACCUGCUGCUCUCGGGCAACCGGCUGGCGGCGCUGGCGGCCGACGCCCUGCGGCCCCUGCGCCGCGUCUUCUGGCUGGACGUGUCGCACAACCGCCUGGAGGCCCUGCCCGAGGCCGACCUGCCCCAGCUGCGCCACCUGAGCCUCAGGAACAACUCCCUGCGGACCUUCACGCCGCAUGCCCCCGGCCUGGAGCGCCUGUGGCUCGAGGGCAACCCCUGGGACUGCGGCUGCCCGCUCCGGGCCCUGAGGACCCUGGCCCUGCAGCAGCCCAGCGUCGUGCCGCGCUUCGUGCAGGUGGCGCCAGAGGGCGACGACGGCCAGCCGCCCGCCUACGCCUCCAACAACAUCACCUGCGCCAGCCCCCCGGGCGUCUCGGGCCUCGACCUGCGCGACGUCGACGAGGCCCACUUUGCUCACUGCUGACGGAGGCCCGGCCUGCCCUGAUGCUGCCCUGGG